UUAUAUAGAUUAAUUUUUAACAAUGUCAGUCGUUUGUUCUGAUUUGAAUUACAUCUAAUAUAAUAUAUUAGACUCACAUGCAUUAUGCAAAAUCAUAAGAUGCGCAGAAAUCAUUACUUCUGCUACUGACUUUUAUUAUACGACACAAGUCUAGAUAGCGCCACAUGCAUAAAAAACAAACUUUAUUAAUACGCGACGAAAUAUUAUAAAAUGGAAUUAUUCGCCGAUUUUAAAUACAGUGUUCAUUUAUGUAUUGCAGAUAUUUAUCAAUAACUAUGACUGUAAAUAAUUAUUAAUAACUAAGUUCUAUUUGUGAAAAUGAAAAUUAUUUUAUUCAAAACAUUAAUAUAGUUUAUAGUAACGAGGCCCAUUCGUUCUAUUAUCCAUAAUUUUAGGCGGUAAAUUUAAAUCGACAAUGAGUAAUGAUAUUUGUUUUUCAAACAAAUACGAAAGGGUUUUUUAUUUUCUUAUGUGGACUGGUGGAGUUGCUUAUUCAAUUUAUAACGUUUAUUUAACGAAUAUCUAUUUUGUGGAUUAUUAUGAUUUAUAUUUUGAUUUUGUGCCUGGAUGGUCAUGGAUUGGGAAAAAGCAAGAUGUUUCUGAUCAAGAGUGGAGAACAUGGAUUCCCUUAAUGAUUACUUUAAUACCUUGGAUAUUUAUACAUCAUUUAGUUAGUCAAAUCAUUAAAAAUGUAUUCAACAAAGUGUUGUUAUGCUGCUGGUAUACCUUGGUAUCUAUCUCUUUUUUGUGCUAUUAUAUUGGAACAGUGGGCAUGUUCUGUAUAUUGGCACAAUCAUCUGUACUAUAUUUAUUAAAUUACAUUAAUAACAAGAAGAUUAUUUGGCUAAUACAUGUAUUAUUUCUAUUUAUAAUACAUAUUUUUAAAAUGCCAGAUGGUAUUUUUUACAAAUGGUUACAAUAUAAUGAUAAUAAGCAUUACCUUUUAAUGCUUGCAAUGUGUUGGAUUCAAUUGAGAUCUAUCAGUCAAAAUAUGGAUAAUUUUAAGAUUCAUUAUGAUAGAAAUUACACAUAUUUUUUCAAUAAUUAUCUUCAAAUGUUGGCAUAUUGUUUAUAUUUACCUACCCUUUUUUUGGGUCCAUUAAUCUUAUAUCAUGAAUUUUUCAAUUCAUUGAAUAAAUCACCAUCGAAAUGGAGUGUCAUGAAAGUACAGACAAUAAUUAUUAAUCUAAUUAGAUAUACUUUUUGGUUGUAUUUUACUGAAUUUUCACUGCACUUCAUUUAUGUUAAUGUACUUCAAUAUCAUCCACAGAUUGUACAAAAUUUAAAUUCAUGGGCUCUAUAUGGUCUAGGAUAUUGUAUGGGACAAUUUUUUUUGAAUAAGUAUGUUAUUGUUUAUGGAACUAACAAAGUUUUAUGUGAAGCAGAUGACAUAAAAGCUCCUUUGCCACCUAAAUGUAUUGGCAGAAUUCACUUAUAUUCAGAUAUGUGGAAAUAUUUUGAUAGGGGCUUAUAUAAAUUUCUUAUUAGGUACAUUUAUAUACCUGUUGUGAAAUCAAAGGACUAUCAUAGAAAGUUGUUUGCUUCUUUUUUAUGUUUUACAUUUGUCUUUUUAUGGCAUGGAAUGCAAACAAAUAUUUUUACAUGGGCACUUUUGAAUUUUAUUGGUUUAAAUAUUGAGAACUUAUCAAGAAUAAUUGGAAAUACCAGAAGAUAUAAUCAAAUUCAAACAAAAUAUCUUAGUUCUUGGAAUAUAAGACGAUUUAACUGUGCAUUAGCAAGUAUUCUUUUGGCAAUGUCUGCAAUAUCAAAUUUUUUUUUCUUUGCAGGACAAGAAAUUGGAAAUAUAUAUAUAAAUCGAAUAUUAAAAGAUUCAUGGAGUACUAUAUUGCUUUUACUCUUUUUCCUUUAUUGUUGUUGUCAUGUUUCAAUAGACAUGAAGCUGAUGGGAAUAUAAUGAUGCCUUACUUUAUUAUUAAUAUAUAUCAAGGAAUAAAUACAUGUACAAUAUAUUUU